CCCAAAUCUCCCAUCGAUCAAAAUUAAUAACCCCAAAGCUCCCGUCGCUGAGCCCUCCUUCUUCUUCUUUCUCUUCGAAGCGGCGGCAGGCAGAAGCGCGCUCCGAGUCGAACUCCGCCGUUCGCCCCCGUCGCCAUUCCGUUAAACCGUCGUCAGUGCUCACCUUACUCAUAGAUUUGGGCGCGGAUCUCAUUGAAUUCGAGAAAGCGAUGGAGGAGAGUACCGAUAGACCCAACCGACAUCGCCACAUCAUAGUUUCGCCGGCGGAGCAGCAGAUCACGUGUGAUCUUUGAUUCAAUCAAGGGAACCAAAAAGAAAUCUCUUGUUCCAUCUCAAGCAGUAGCAGCGGCAGCAAGGCCACCGCCUCGCUUUCGUCGUCGACGCCGUCACGAUCGCAAGCUACCCCCUGAACUCCGCAGUCGCCCUAACGCCGUUAGCAUUUGAAGGAGGAAAUGAAGUUAAGCUAUCUUGCUCAAGAUCUUAUUUCAACUGACCGAUUAUCCCCUCAAGCAUGUGCCAGUUAGCAAAUGGUAUAAAGUGUGACAGAGAACUAUACAAUAUUUAUUUGCAACUGAAAAAGGAUGCACCGUAACAAAAUGCCUACCGUUCAGAGUUCUACUUCUGGUAAUGCACCAAGUAAUCAAUCACAUGCAGAAUUAUUGAAAAAGAAACGUUCUUAUGCAGCAACUAGUUAUCUGCCAUACGUGAAUUCUACAGGGAAUGGAUCUGGUUCUAAUCCGAGUACAAAACGUACUCGUCUGCAAACUUCCAAUCAAGAAUGCCAAAAUUCUGUAGCAGAUGGACUGAAUUCUAGUAGUACUGUUGUCACCACAGAACGAACUACUACUGGGAUUAGAGUUAGUGCACGUCUUCAGCAACAAAGUGUUAAUGAUCAGCCAGUGGUAAACACCAUAGUUGAAGAGCGAAAUGAUAAUGUGAUGUCAGAUAUUAAUCAGGAGCCUCCUUCAGGUACAACCAAAAAGGUGCGAGGGAAGACAAGAGGAGUGAAUGCAGAUAAGGUCUUCUCCCAAUUGAAUUCUAAAAUACCUGUGACUCUGACUGAAGAAAAUGGUAGACCUACUGGCCCUUAUGCUGAGAUGUUUGCAAAUGAAAUUGGUUACACAAUUCGAAACUACGCCCCACUGAAUGUGGAAAAAUGGAAGAAGAUUGAAAAAGCAGAUGUGGAGAACUUGAUCAAAAGAAUGCAGAAUAAAUUUGAAUUUGAUAUGUCGCUCCCUUGGGUCCAGAGAUAUGUAAUUACAACAUGUCAGACCGUAUAUUGUAAUUUUCGUUAUAAGUUAAAGAAACAUUUUGAGCAGUUUUCAACAAUUGAGGAGGCAAUUCAAAACAAACAUGAAGCCUUCAAGACUCAGGAAGAAUGGGAGUUUCUUUGCACUCAUUUUUCUAGUGAAAAGUUUAAGAUUCGCUCAGAGAAGAAUGUUCUUAAUAGGUCAAAGUUGACAUAUCACCACAAAGCUGGGUCAAAAUCAUUUAUGUCACACCAAGAGCAAAUUGCAACACAGACCGGAGAGAUGCAAGGUGCAAUUGAUCGUUUUGAAACAGAGUAUAGAAGUACAAAAAAAGGAUGGGACUUGGGAGCAAAGGAAAAAUGGGAUCAAAUGAUAAAGAUGCGAGCAGAUACCACUCAACCUGAUGGAACUCGAACAAUGACAGAUGAGGAAAUUUGUGCAAAAGUUCUCAAAGUCAAAUCAGGCUACAUUAAGGGCUGUGGUUUUGGCCCUAGACCACCACCAUUAAGGUUCUCUCGUUCUUCAAUGAGUGAAAUGUCUGAAAAGAAUAAAGAGUUGCAAGAACAGCUUCAAGAGACCCAACAACUUGUAGGAACUCAACAACAGAAGAUCGAUGUGCAAAAUGAGGUAAUCUAAAUAUUGGAGGAGCAAGCCAAAAAGUUUGAGGAGUUUAUGGCUAAUUUUUCCAGGCAACAUCCAUCAGCUUAGUAUUCUUAGUGAACUUAACUUGGAGAAAUGUUUCUUUGAUCGUGUUGCAUUUGUUAUUGCUUUAGACUAGUAUUGUUACUUAUGGUAGUACCUUUCUUGCUUUAUUUAUUUUAAUUGUUUUGAUGUACUGUGGUGACAAUUGAUGAUAAUUAUUUAUAUUUUGUGUU